AUGCCAGUUUACCACUCGAGGCACAAUGGAAGCAACGCCGCGAGCGUUUGCGGAUGCUCCUUGGUGCCGCUGAAGACAAACAGAUACAGAGGACCUGCCCCAACUCCUGCCUCACUAGGGCUGGAUGAUGAGUUUGUCGACUUGGUGGACGAGGCAUUGAGGAGCUUUCGCUGGAACAUUCUGUUCAAGAAUUUUGAGGUCUUAGGCGAUGCCGACCGAGUUUUGGUCUAUCUGACCUUGUGGAUUCAAAAAUGCUUGUCAGUGGCGUCCCAGGCCGGUAGCCCCGAAGAUGCGGCACGCCAGCUCGAGGCGGAAGAAGAUCAAGUCGGCAAGAUGUGCCAGCUGCACUGCGGUUUAUACUUGGCAGCUGGUUCAAAGCCGGGUCGCCGCAAGACUGCCAAACGGCAAAGGCGCCCGAACUCCUGCUGCUUUGCCUUUCGAGCCCGCGAAGCGGGCACAAAGGGCGUACCUGAAGCAGCUCCGGCAGGUGGCUUGUUGUCCUUUGUGCGCAUUGUGCAGGCUGUGCAGCGUGUGGACUUCUCCUGUUGCCUGAACAGGGGACCAGGAUGGCUGGACAACCGGUCUGGACCCAAGGGACCAUGCGGCUUGACCUUGGUCACCAGCAUCCUAGUUCAGGGGCAGUGGUGCGAAGCCCCGUGCAAGGUCGUAAAUCCGCUGAGCCAGCAACUUGGGACAGACGAGGAGAGCUCAGUCCUUCAUCGUCCACCGCUGCUAGAUUGCAUUUGGGCACAUGGGUUGGUCUCUGGCCACCUGGCCUCGGAUUUCGACGAACAGCUCUUCAAACCGGAGCUCUAUGAGUUGGAGUCGGAGAAUGAUGCUCAGGCCCAGCAACUUCUUCCCUAUCCCACGUGGUCGCCAGAAGCGCACAGGGAGGAUAUGAGGCUGCCUGGCCCUCUGGGCUUCAUCCAGUCCGACUGGUUUCUGGUGAUGUCCGGGCUGGUAGUCGCUUUCAAUAUCAUGUGCUUAUACAUCCAGGUGGCAUGUGACGUGACGGAUGAGGAUGCCAAGGUGCUCGAGAACGUCAACGACACCUGCCUAAUAUUGUACACUAUUGAGGUCAUUCUUAGACUGUUCCAUUUUCGAAUGCGAUUCUGCGCCCAUGCUGUUGAUGGCAUGUGGAAUCUGUUUGAUUUCGUGAUAGUUUGCGCCGGAAUAUUUGACCGAUGGAUAUUUCCAUCAUUGAAUGCCGCCCAUCUUGGAGUCAAGUCGCAGGCAUCCAGCUUCUGGUUGCCGCUUCUGCGUGGUGUUCGUGUUCUUAGGUUCAUCCGAGUUGUGAAGCUGGUCGGGGUUCUUUUUCGGUCGGAUUUGAGGUGGACCGAGAGCGUUGUCUUCGCAUCUGUGGUCUCUGCUGUCAUUAUCACCAGUGUGAUCCUGAUGGGUUUAGAAACGGACAUCCAGUCGCCCUUGUGGGAGCCCAUCAACGACUUGGUUUUGUUGUUCUUCCUUUUUGAACUGGCCGUCAACAUCCGCAAGCAGGGAUGGCUGGGCUUCUUCACCUCUGAGGACCACAUAUGGAAUUGGCUCGACAUGAUCAUAGUGGUCUUGGGCGCGCUUGACCAAUGGGUCAUCAGGAUCUUUUUUGCGGCUGUCUAUGGCCGUGAUCAAAGUCAUGAGCUGGGCAGCUCGCUCAUGCUCUUUCGCCUUCUUCGCAUGCUGAGGAUCUUGCGGGUCCUGAGACUUGUGAAGGCAGUGCAUCCGCUUUACUUGCUCGCGCUGGGCAUUGCGGAGGCUGUCCAGAGCAUGUUUUGGGUGCUUUUGCUCACAAUGGUGGCGCUCUAUGCGUCGGCAAUCGUGAUCACGCGCGUGGUCCGAGAAACCCAUGAAAUAGAGGACGUCCCUGCAGCCGCCAAAGCAAAUUUCCAAAACGUACCUGACUCCAUGUUCACGCUCUUCGUCCUCAUGAACGGUGAGGAGUGGCCUGACGUGAUGCCCUUACUGGAUGCGUGUCCAAGUCUGAAAUUCAUGUUCGUCUUGUUCAUCAUCAUAUCCACGUGGGCUUUGUUGUCAGUGAUGACUGGGGUUGUCAGUGACAACAUGAUUUACGCCAGGGAGGCUCAAUCUCAGAAGGACGAAACCCUACAGGGUGAACGAAGAUCCAAGGUACAAAAAGCCCUUAAUGAUGUGUUCUUUGCUUCACGCGGCCUCUCCACCGACAAGAGGCUGGCGGCGAGAGACUGGCAGGACGUUCUAAAGGUUCCUUUUUAUGCCAAGAAGAUCAUGGAUGUGGUGCCCUCGGUACCGAAGAAGGAUCUGAUUGACAUGUUCGACUGGUUGGAAGCAGAUGAGUCGGACUCCAAAGUCACCUUCCAGGAGGUGCUCCGUGGAGUCAUGACCCUGGCCGAGCCGCCGAGCGGCAAGACUUUGCUUCAGGUUGACUCAGAGGUGAAACAACGCUUCUCUCGGCUACAGCAGCAGGGCGCCAACUUGGAGGACUGCAUUGAAGAGCUUGACGAGAAGGUCAGGGCAUCUUUUGUGACCAUGCAGGCCAUGAUGGAUGAGCUGUAUGAGCUCUCAGGGGCACCGUACUUGGCGCCUUCUGCCCUCACCCCUGACGGAACUUACCAGAAAACUUCGCCGGAUGACCCUCAACACGACCCUCUCAGUGGCUCGCAAACUCCGUCUGAGAUGACGUGA